AAACGAAAGCCUUUCUCAGUUGUCCUGUUUAAGCAUCCUGAGAAUUGUAAGAAACAGGUUAAGCACGUCCAGGUAAAGAGUGACAGAGGCCCAUAUGUACUGAUCGUAUGUGAAGCGCUUAAUCAGAUUGUCUGUGUCGUAAACUAUGUAUCCCGAGAAUAUUAUGGCACCAAUUGCACUAUGGCAACUGAGGUAGACCCAAACGGAAAGAACACCUACACCGCCGAUGCAGAAUAUGGUUUUAAAAGGACGAGAAUGGGUAUAAAUUACAUAAACAGAAGGGACAGACAAAGAGGAAACCUGGAUAAAGCCAGUCAAGACCAAGACGAAAAGGCUAGUAAACAAGAGUGGUCCCAUGAAGCUGAAGUCCUUGCCCUUCUUGGCAGCCCAGAAAGUAUAAGCAGUCAGAGCUGA